UUGAGGGCGGUCCGUCAGGGAAGGAAUAUUCCAGGAGGCGUGUGCGUGCUGCGCUGUCAUGCUGUUCGUUGUUGAACAUUACCAGAAAGAUCUAGUGAGAACAUUAUAGGUGAAAUGACAGAAGAAAACACUGGGCUCACCCCCAUGAAGUGAAAGCCCUUUAAAAAUUGUUGUGGUGAUAUAUGUUAAGUAUACUUUUAUAUUGGCCUAAAAUAUUUUUUCUCAAAAGUGAAAACAAACAGAAUGCUAAAUUAUUCUAAGGUGUGCAUGUAGUUAAAAAGCUCAUUAUAAGGGAGCAAUGGACAGGAUCCUGGAUGCAGUGAUGGUCUCCCCUCACUCUGAAGCUGUGAAACAUGGCAUGGUGCAACGGGUGAUAGAAUCAGCACCACAGCCUUUGGACAGCGCCCAGUGCUGGGCCAUGUACGAGGUGUCCACCAAGCUCUUCCUGCUGGGCGACUCUGAAUUUGAGAGGGACGUGGGCAGGGAGGUCCUGGAGGCGUUCGCCCAACACCACUCGCAGGAGUUUGAGCAGUUUUUCAACAUGAAGUUUGUGCUCAAUCUCCUCCAUGUAGGAUAUGGACCCCUGGGGAAGAGGAGCCACCAGAUCUUCCACUAUAUCCAGACAGGACUGCGGUUUGUAGCGGACAGCCCUUCCUCCUUGGACCUUUUCCACCUGCUGCAGAUCGAGGUGCUCAGGAUUGUGUGCGAGAGGCCCGGCCCCAAACUGUGUGCUAGAGUGAGCAAGCUGCUGUGCCUGUACCCGCAGUGCGUCCCGAGUGGGAACCUGCAGACGGUGUUCUGCCAGCAGCUCAUCCUGAGCAUCAGUCACUUCCAGUGCAAGUCUGACGGGGACGAUGAAAUCCUCAAGUUCUUGGAGAACGUGACCAAAGCCAGUGGGAUGCUGCAGGGAGUUUGGAGGAACAACGUGGCUGUCAUCCUGCCUUCCCUGAAAGAGCUGUUCAUUGUGAUCUCCUCGCCCGGAGAAGGGGAUAGUGUCCCGUCCAAUGCCCUGGCCAGUGUGGUCCAGUAUGUGCCCCUGGAACUAAUGGAUGCUGUGGUUAGGAACCUUACCAAUGAUAAAAACAUCUCUGAUGCACAAAUGCUGACAGCCAUCAGUAGGAUGGUGGACUGGUUGUCGUGGCCAUUAACCAGAAACAUUGAUAAGUGGAUCAUUGCCUUAAUGAAAGGCGUGGCCACUGUGAAUAAAUUCAGGAUCUUAAUUGAGGUGACUCUUAUGAAGAUUGAACAGGUUUUCUCUAAGUUGUUCUACCCAGUUGUAAGAGAGGGGGCUGUGUCUGUGCUGUCCUACAUGUUGCUCAGUUUUCAACAGUCCCCUGAGGCAUUUCACCUGCUGCUGCCUCAGAUUCCCCAGCUGAUUUCAUCUCUCACCAGAGAAGAGUCGGACUCCGGAAGGGGCUGCCUCGUACAGCUCUCCCAGUUAAUUCACUGUCUCAUCUUCAGGUUUUCGGGGUUUCCAGACAUCUACGAACCAGUUUUGGGGGCCCUGAAGGAUCUCCCAGUCCCCAGUGAAAACAGGAUAAAGCAGCUGCUUGGGCAGAAUGCCUGGGCGACCCAGAAGAGUGACCUGGCUUCAUACUGCCACAGACUUCCUGCUAAGUCUGACACCGGGAAAACUGGCCUGGUGAACCUGGGAAACACCUGCUACAUGAACAGCGUUAUCCAAGCUCUCUUCAUGGCCUCCGACUUCAGGCACGGAGUGUUGCAUUUAACGCAGUGUGAUGCCCUGUCACUCAUGAUGAAACUACAGAGUCUCUUUGCUUUUCUUGAACGCAGUCAGCGGCCAACCAUUUCUCCAGUGAGCUUUCUGACGGCAUCCUGCCCACCGUGGUUUAACCUUGGAGAUCAGCAGGACUGUUCUGAAUACCUCAAGUAUCUGCUAGACAGACUGCAUGAAGAAGAGAAGACCAACAGCAAUACCAUUCAAAACCUGAGCUGCCUCUCCAUAGCAGGUGAUAUUGAAAACAGUGAAGGCACUGGCAGGACUCUGAUUCAGAAGAUGUUCGGUGGAAGGAUGGUGACCAGGAUCCGCUGCCUUUGCUGCGAGAACAUCUCCUGGAGAGAGGAAGUCUUUACUGACCUGUCCUUAGCCCUGCCACCACCAAGGACCAGUCUUUCAGGAAGUUUCAUCAUCGACCCUGCACAACCGGUUGUGGAGGAGAUAGGACCAUCAAGCCAAAGACCAACUUCCAAACCACAACGACAAGCUCCUCAGUCACCAAGCAAAGACAAAAAGCCACUGAAACAGGAGGAAUCUUCUGUACGUGUUGUCCCAGUGGAGACCAUUGGGAGCAUUGAACAAGUGAUGCCUUAUUAUUCAGAUGAAUAUCCUAAAAGUAACUCCAUGUCUGCAGUAGCUUCAGAAGAGCAGACACAUGGUACAGAAGCCUGCAGAUCAAUCACAGACCUAAUCAACUACUUUUUGUCUCCUGAAAUGUUGACUGGGGAAAACAAGUACCACUGCCAGAAGUGUUCUGCCUUACGUGAUGCCGAGAAGGUAGUGGAGGUGACAGAAGGGCCUCAUUACCUUAUCCUAACCCUUCUGAGGUUCUCCUUCGACCUCGGAACCAUGAGGAGACGAAAGAUCUCUGACAACGUCUCUAUUCCUUUAGUUCUAAAACUACCAGUCAGGGUCAGUUCAAGAGAGCAGGGCUGUAUCAGUGCUGGGAAUCUGGAGCCUAAGCCAGGAGGAAGUGCUUAUGAAUCCUUGACCUAUGAUCUGUGCAGUGUGGUAGUGCAUUCUGGGGUAUCUUCAGAGAGCGGCCACUACUACUGCUAUGCAAGGGAGUAUGUGGGCAGUGUCUUUGAGAAACACAGCAGAGGUAGCACAGGGGCCCCUGCCGAUCAGACCACCAGUGAAAGCCAGUGGUUCUUAUUUAAUGACAACCGGGUCUCCUAUUCCUCCUUUGAGUCGGUUAGCAAUGUAACCAUCUACUUCCCCAAAGACACGGCGUACGUCAUGUUCUACAGGAAGAGACCCUCUCACCAGACUGAGAGUGAAAGCGAAUGCAUAUCAGCUGCUGAAAAUCUGUACGGAGAGGAGCCACUGCCCAAACAGCUGAGUGAAGAAAUUUCUAAAGACAACAUGAUGUAUUUACAGGAACAAGAAAGAGCAGCGAGAUACAAUGCUGCAUCCUCAUCUGCCAUGGCGGGAUCCCCAGUGUGGCUGAGGAGACAGAGAGGCGAUGGUGAGGCAGAGGGAGGGGGUACCUUAUGGUUUUAUUAAAAAAAGCUCUUUCACAGCCAUUACUAUAACAACUCUCUUUGAAAGUCUCUUAUCAUUUUCCUGAUUUUUCCAGAUUUGUUUUUCUAAGCUCAUUUGUCCCACACUGUAGAUUCACUUCAUGUGUAGCAGGUAUUAGGAUCCCAGUAGACAUCACUUAAAGGGAGCGCCUAUAUUUUGGUGAGGGCACUAAUGCCUGCUGCACAUGGAGUGAAUAAUGGAGUGUAGUUGUGUCAGGUUAAGUGGACUUCGCCAGAGACAAAGUAAAAUAAAGUCUGGAAAACAAAAUUAUCCACAGAAGAAUUGAACCAGGUUGAGUGCGGAAGCUGUUCCGGUAUUGAGAAGCACUGCAAGAGGAUGUUGUAUAAGCCUUGGUUAAUACAUAUUUCAUUUCUAACAAUAAAAAAUGAUUUUUAAUAUAAAACGUAAAGGGUGUGCCAAUGGGAGGAACAGGUUAACCAGCAGCUUGUUUUCUUUGAAGGUGGUGUAGGCCAGAGGAACUAGGAGAUCCAGUCCCUUUACUGCCCUUGACGUGCUUUAUCAAGCUGGGUCUUGUGACUUCUUCUUUGCCCAAAUCCCAUCCUGCUGCCAUACUCGACACAAGCAGGACACCACCAGGAACUAUUGUAAAUCUACACUGCAAAUAGCAUGAGUGCCUUGACAGCAUACUGGUAUGUUCAGUAGGUGAUGCCAACCCCUUCUGCCUAGCUUAUUACUGCUUUCUGAACAUAUUUAUUUCACUUUCCUCAUUUUAAAUAUUAUUUAGGAAAUACAGAAAAUGUUACCAAGAUAUGGCAGAGAUAAACCACACAUAUUUAUUAUUAAAAAUGGGUGCUGGUCGUGCUGUAAAUUG